AAUAAUAAUAAUAAUAAUAAGACCACAGGAGGAGGAGGAGGAGCAGUGCCAGUGACGUCACAGUAAACAAACAGGGACGGUCUACUGCUCCUGCACGUCUCACUCCUCUCUCUCCUCCUCCUUCUCCCGCAAAUUUUCCUGUUGGAUCUAAAAUUAUGGAGAAGGACCCAAUCACUUGCUCAGAUGAACUCAACAAUCAAGUGCGUUCUCGUCCAAAAAACAAGAAGAAGAGAGCAUCAUCAUCAUCAUCAUCAUCCUCGUCCUCUCCCUCACCUGAACACAGGGAGGUGAAGAAGAAGAGAAAGCGACCAAGACCAGCCUCUUCUGAUUCUUCCUCCUCUUCCUCAGAUUCCUCCUCCUCCUCCUCAGACUCAUCUUCCUCAUCUUCAUCACCUUCCUCUUCUUCGUCAUCGGCCUCCAGCUCCUCGUCUUCAGACUCCUCAGGGUCAGACAGCAUAGUGUACAAGAAAAAGCUAACAGGGAAGGCACUAAAAAAAGCCCUGAAGAAGAGGAAAAAGCGGGAAAAGCUACUGAAGAAGAAACUGAAGAAGUGCAGAAAAUUGGCGAGGCAAGAAGAAAAGAAAUCCAUCAAGAAGAAAGUGAAGAAACUAAAUAAGAAACUAAAAAAAAUUAAGAGGGAGAGGAGGAAGGACACCAGGAGAAUCAAGAAGACACGCCAAACACAUGAAGCCAAGAAGAACCAGGAGAAGAACCACAAGCAUGAAGAGAAGGAUAAGAGCUCAAAGGGAUCCAAGAAGAAGCAGGAAGUGGUGGAAAAUGGGUCAGCGUCCAUCGGGCCAAGUAUCGACCUCAUGACCUCCAACCAGUCCACCAUGACUCCCAUGACCCGAGAGGAAUGGGAGAAGCAGGAGAGUGUGGUGCGUCGUGUGUAUGAUCAGGAGACUGGUAGGCACAGGUUAAUUAAGGGCUCUGGAGAGGUGCUGGAAGAGUGUGUCAGUCGAGACCGUCACCGUGCCAUCAACAAAGUGGCAACACAGAAUGACGGGGAAUUCUUCCAGGCCAACGUCAAGUCCCGUGCCUCCAAGCCAUGAUUUGUGAAGCCUGUUAUAAUGAUAAUUUACAUUCAGAUAUGAGGUUGCUCUAAGUGGGGUCAUUUUUCAGGGUGUGGGGGCACAACCUGAAUAUACUGCUGAAGGUCCUAAGAUGUGUAGUCAUAAGUUUUUUUUAUGAUGUAUUAAUUACCAAAUCAAGGUAGUGGGUGUUGAUGUAAGCUAAUAUACUUAUAAAAGAAUUAGAGGUGAGGGGUAGAGGGAGGCAUGUGGUUAAAUUUAAACUGCCUUGAGAAGCAGUUAAAAUACAGGUGACAUCACUGGAAUGCAUACACA